ACGCUGCACCCCAGUCAAUGCAACACACUUGUGAUUCAACAUCCAACGCAGAAAACUUUAGGAAGCGCGACAGAGUUCCUGAAGGUGUCCAUGGAACGAACAUUAGAUUGUGCCUUGAAAGCAAAGAACGACACCUACUCUCAGUUUGAUUCAGAGCAACUUAAAAACGGAGCUUGGGAGUAUUGUAUGGAAUUGUACGACCGGACCAUCCACAGGCUCAACCAGAGCGUGUCGUGUCCCGAGGACGUGUGCUCUAGAUCGGAUGUGCAUGCAUGGCUCAGCACCGCACUGACCAACCUAGAAACGUGUCGGGAAGGGAUGUCAGAGCUAUGUCUCUCGUCUGAUUCUUUGCAGGGCAUCAUUAUUGAUGUCACUAACGCCUUGGCCAUUAGUAUCGGCAAGACCAUCGUCACCGGCGACAGAAGCAAAGGCAGAGGAUUUUCCACUUUCAAAUCCGCCACGUUUGUGGCCGAGGGAGAUGGUUCGGUGGCGAGACACAUGACGAUCAGGAUCACAGCGGAGCCGGAGAACAAGCAGGCGGUGGCAUUGAGAUCGGAUUCGGACAGGUCAGUGUAUUAUAGGUGUAGCAUCCAAGGGUAUCAAGACACGCUCUACGUCCACUCAGGGCGUCAGUUUUUCAGGGAGUGCAACAUAUACGACACCGUUGACUUCAUUUUCGGAAACGCAGCCGCGGUCUUCCAGUGGGGCUCAUAUGCUAUGACGGUGGUGAUAGGAACGUUCCUUGGUCCUUUGAUUGAACCCAAAGGAUGGAUGGACUGGGGUAACCAGACGGCGCUUACCACUUUGUAGUAUAGAAACUCAGGUCCGGGUUCGAGUACAACAAACCGGGUCAAUUGGACCGGGUUUCAUGUGAUAUCAGAUAUUGAGGAAGCCCGUCAGUUUACAUUACACAACUUCAUCGACGCUGCUUCUUGGUUCCCCUCUGCUAAAGUCCCUUUCAGCACCCAUCUCUAA